AUGUUGCUACAGAUCGAGGUUGCGCUGCACGGUGACGGACGCCGUUGUGCGCAGGCACUCGAGCAACACCUCAGGGACAACUACAUUUCCCUUGCUCAGGAUACUGCGCUCGAGUGCGACUGGCCUGUGGAGAGUGUGCGCAUCGUCUCAUCCUCAGGACCCAUCGUCAGACUCGAGGAUGCAGAGCUACAGAUCCACAUGUACCAGCUGCGAGACGCGGUGCAGUCGAUCUUCCAUGAAGAACAGCCACUAGCCAGUACCAUGCUUCUGCCAGCUGCUUCGCUUGAUGGCAUAUGGAGCAACUUGCAGUUCGAGAACACUAUCCAGAAGACACUCCUGAGCUAUGUCUCCUCUAUGAUGCUCUUUGCGGAUCGUCAAGUCAACAGCCAGAUCUGUGCCUUCAACCGUUGCAUCCUACUUCACGGACCGCCCGGCGGUGGAAAGACCAGUCUUUGCAAGGCACUCGCUCAGAAGCUCAGCAUCCGUUUCAGCGCUCGCUACUCUGAAUGUGUCUUGAUCGAGGUGCAAGCGGCGUCGCUCUUUAGCAAGUGGUUCUCUGAGAGUGCCAAGCUCGUCACGCAGCUCUUUGAGGAAAUUGAAGAGCUCACUGAAAAUGAAGAUGCUUUCGUGUGUGUGCUCAUUGAUGAGAUUGAGAGCUUGACACGAUCGCGUACCUUGUCUUCGCAGAGCAACGACCCCAGUGAUACAAUGCGGGUGGUCAAUGUCCUCUUGACUCGACUCGACCUCCUCAAGGCUCAUCCCAAUGUGCUUGUCCUGACGACUAGCAACAUGAUGGACGCCUCUGACUCGGCAUUCAUUGACCGUGCAGACCUCGUCCAGUACGUCGGGCGUCCAGUCCUGCAUAGAGGAGCUCAUCGCAAAAGACAUUAUCAGUGUUGUGGACUUGCCUGA